GUGGUUGUGUUUGUGUAUACUAAUUAUUAUUAUUAUUAUUAUUAUUAUUACGCGCUCGUGCACGGUGUUUUCUCGCGCAGUACAGCGGCAACAACGGCGACGGUAGUGUGUGCGUAUCUCACUCGCGGCGUACAGUGGUGUUUUGACAAUACAUCGCGUAAUGUUAUAUUAUUUUUAUCAUACGUUCGUACUACAACUAUAUUGAUAUUUAUUUAUAACGUUAGUAAAACAGCUUGUACACGUACGAAUCAAUCGUUCUGACGUAAGUCCAAUUUUAAUUUAAACAAAAUUCCCAUCGACGGUCUUCAAAAGCACCAGAGAGAAAAAGUCGUGAUAAUCUCUCUGCAGCGGUCCGCAUCUCUCGAUACUUUAAAUAUAUUGUAUAAGAAUCAAAAACAGUUUUCGUAUAUAGUUGCGAGCGUUAUUUUUGUGGGCGACGUGCCCGCCAUAAAUGUCAUCGGCAUCGUCCAGGUCUAUACCAUCAGCACCGUCAACGCGAUGAUUGCUUCGGAGACUCGUAACCAUUGCGCCGCCGUAGUCAUGGAUUUAAGCACGCGGGCCAGUUCCGGCGGUGGAGGCGAUUCCAACGACGGCGGUAACCACGGUCGCCGGCGCAACGGUGGCGGUAGACCGGCCAAGUCAGUGUUUUCCAUCAGGAGUUUAGUCGGAGAAGACACGGUUCGCAGCCGUUGCGACCGGGAUGUCGACGGCAGCGGCGAUGACGACGACAGAGACGAUCACGCAGCGGCGGUGGCAGUAACGGCGUCGGAAGUAUCGGCAGUGGCCGCAGUAGCGACGGCCGACGAAAGCCGCGGACUUCAGAAAGACGAUCAGCCGCAGUCGGGAGAGUGUGCGCUGACGCAAGCGGGGUUGCCAUUCGACGAUCAGCGACGCACGGCCGCGGCCACCGCGGUGGCCAUGGCUGCAGCCGCGACCAUGAUGCGAGAGAGGUCCGCCGUCGUGGCGGCGGCGAUGGCUGUUCAACAACAACAACAGCACAAGCAGCUCCAACAACAGCAACAGCAACAGCAACAACAACAACAGCAACAGCAACAGCAGCAGCAGCAGCAACACCACCAAAUGCAACAACAGCAACACUGUAGGUCUUUAAUGGCCACGGCAGCCGGUGGCCGCGGUCCCGGAUCCGGCACGGUCGGUUACGAUUAUUAUUCGUCGCCCCCGCCCGGUUAUUACGGCGGCGGCGGCGGCGCUGUGGACGACGAUAACGGCGCGGACGACGACCUGGAAAACGGCGGAUGUGACGACCACGACCACGGCGACGGCGAUGGCAGGGACGGAAUCGUGGACAUGAGCGGUACCGGUGGCGGCCACGACGCUUCGGCGGACAACGAUGACGACUGCUACGGCGGCCCGCCGUCCGCGGGCGGCACCAAUAAGAGGAAACAGCGCCGGUACCGGACCACGUUCACCAGCUACCAGCUGGACGAGCUGGAGAAGGCGUUCGGCCGGACUCACUACCCGGACGUGUUCACCAGAGAGGAGCUGGCGUCGAAAAUAGGAUUAACUGAAGCCAGAAUACAGGUGUGGUUCCAAAACCGACGGGCGAAAUGGCGCAAACAGGAGAAAGUCGGACCACAGGCUCACCCGUACAGCGGCGGCGGCGGCAAUCCGUACUUGGGCGUGCCGAAUUCCAUGUCUGCCGGCCGCCACAGCCCGUCUGCGGCCGCGCUGAGUCCGCUGCCGGCCAACCCACCGUUCAUGAUGACGGGCGGCAUGGGCUUGGGCGGCGGCGGCCCGCUGGGAAUGGGUAACAUCGGUCUGGGCAGUCACCAUUUGCUGCACCCCGGCCACCACCAUCAUCACCAUCACCAGCAGCAGUUGCAGGCCGCGGCUGCCAUGGCUGCCGCACUGCGCGGCCACCACCACCAGCACCAUCAUCCAGGCAACGGCGGAGGUGGCAGGUCGUCACCACUGCCGCCGACGUCGCAGGCCCUGUCGACCGUCGCCGCGGCCGCCAUGGAACUGCAACUCCAGCAACAGCACCAACGCAGCAACGGGGCCGCUGC